AUGCUCACUCAUACCGUUUUCGCGUCCCUAUUUCUACUUGCUAGUGCACAAUUAUCAAAGCGGAGUAUCUUUAUUGAGGAAGUCACAGACUGCUCCGUACUCCCAUCGUACAACAAUGACACAAAGAUCGCCGGGCCAUGGACACUCAAGGUCGAUAAUUGCUACAAUGGAACUGCAAUUCGGGGGUUAUGCAGCAUUGAAGGCUUCGAGUCUGGCAGUGAUAUCACGCAAGAGCGAGAAAACAGACAGAACACGACCUUAGAGCAUGGAUUUGUCACGACCAUAAGUGAUAAAGACAACAUCAAAACCCCCUUCCGUUGCAAUGGCGCGCUAAAUACAAUUGAAGCAUACGUCCUGUCUGGCCCCUUCCCCGGCGCCCUGGACUGGCACACUGUCGGGAUAGAGCACCACCCUAGUACAGGGCGACUUGUCUGGGGAAAACGAAGCGCUGAGCCUGUCCAGGCGUACAGGCAUUUCCACCGCGGUAUACCCGUUGAAGGACUCUUUUUAGGAUCCAAUAACGAGACAAAUUGGAGUUUACACUCGUCCGGGAGGGAGGUGAGUAUUACGGAUAUGAAACCAUAUUGGGUUAUGCGAUUGAUGAUUCCCGAGACCAGCAUUCGAGAAAAUGAGUUUAGGGCGUUGAUUCACAUCGAUGGGAGUUGA